GUAUUUUUAAAAGUUUUUUACAUUUGUAAAAUGCAGUUUCUAUAAACAAAAUGUAAUUUAAAAAAAAAAAUACUAACAUAUUUCCACCUCUGCCAACUCUGCAAGUAUUUCUUCUACAUUGUGGAUUACAGCAUUUUAAACAGAUGUGAUGCUGACAACAUCAAAAAAUGUUAUUUAACACAAGUAAGCAAAUCAAUGAAGAAGCAUACAACUCAGUUGAAAUACUGAUUGUAACUUUAUUUUCACUUAUCUUUGUGUUUGGUACUGUUGGAAAUGUGUUUGUUUUCUUUUAUUUUGGAAUAAAAGAAAAACCUGCUCGUUCAAUUGAACAACGCAAAGUACCGGAAUUCUUGUUUUGCGUCCUGGCAAUAGUAGACUUUUUUGCUUCUGUUUUCAACCCACUCUUGUAUGCUUAUUGGACUUUAACGCGUCAUAAAUGGCAUUUUGGUUAUUGGGCGUGUAAGUUGGUUGUUCCAAUUGGAACAAUUGCCACAACCAUGUCAGGCGGAAUAUUUGUUGUGUUAUCGUUUGAUCGCCAACGCACCAUAGUCUAUCCAUUUAAAAGACAUUUUAAGUUUGCUUACAUAAAACUAAGUAUUCUCUUAGUUUUAGUCUACGCAGUAGUUAUUAAUGCUCAUUAUUCGCUUAAUAUUACUUUAAAAAAUAAACAUUGUGCUCCACCGAACGCAGCAAACAAGGCGUACAAUAUACCCAGUAUCUUUUACUUCUUAAUUAACGUUUGUACUCUUUUAGUUGUCAUCAAUUUUACAAACUAUCGCAUAUUUUUAAAAAUGCUUCAUCAAAGUCCAACAAGCACGUUAGUUUUAGGAAACGGCUAUGGAAGACGUAAAAAAGAUAAUUACAGAAUAGUUCGUUUAUUGGUUGCGCUGAGUACUGUUUUUUUUGUUCUAACUUUACCUCGUGACAUUCUUCAAUUUGUUUUUUUAUCUAGCUGGUGUUUUGGUAAAGGUUUAGUUGUCUCAAAACCAAUAUUAACGUUAAACUCAUUUCUUAAAGUAUUUAACGUAGCUAACUCAUGCGUGAACCCAUUAAUAUAUUAUAAGAUGCAUUAUGGUUUUAAAAGAUUUAUUAGACGAAGUUUUGGUUGUCAAACUGAUUCUCUAAUUCGUGGAAGAAGCAGUAAUUUUAACGUAACUGAACGAUUAGCGGAUUUGAGUUUUAGUCAACGUUUAUAGCUAAAGAUCAUAACGAAAGCUACGCUUUAGUAAUCAUUGAUCUAAUUAUACAUUAUAGCGUCUAAAACCGCCUAAAAUUGAAAACAGCUUUAGGAGAUAAAUCAUUGAGGAGAUUAUGAAAUUAGAAACGAUAUAAAGAUUAACUUAUAAAGCGAAUUUUAAAACAUUGUAAAAGCGCAAAAAGUAAGCAAAAAACUAAAUUUAUUUUUUCGAAAGCAAUCUUUUACAUGAAGAACUCUCGUAAAAACUCUCAAGUAACUCGUAAACACAAAGAACUUGAAUAAAAUUUGUAUAAACAAAUUAUAUUCUUAUAG